AUGCCGAAGCCUAAAGUUUUGAUAGUUGGCUGUGGUGCCGUCGGGUUGUCUCAAGGUUACCAUAUUUCGCAUAGUGCUGAUUGUACCUACCUUGUCCGCCCCGGCCGCAAGUCCGCUUUCGAGCCGCCAAAGCACCUUUACUCCUAUAAAGACGACACAUUACAUGAAUUUUCAUCCUACCGCGUCAUCGAGUCGGUUUCAGAAGUCAAAGGCGAAGAGUUUGCAUUCGUCUUUGACACUUUGGAUGGACAUACUGCACGGUCGGAGUCUGGGACCGCGACAAUCCGUUCAGUCGGCGAGCUUCUCAAGGAGCCUCAAAACGCAAAUUCCUUUGUCGUAUACGACGCAGCCGGUCUAGACAUUGAAGAACACUACCUGAGCACUUUAGGAAUCGCUCGGAGCCGUCUUCUGUUUGGCGUAAGCCUACUUGCGCAUCAACCGACACCUCAGAUUCCGAUCCCAGAAACAGCGAACAAAUCCUUAGCUUCGAAAGCAGACAUCCUUUACUCGACCCCAUCAGCAGGCGUGAUUUUGGUUGUAAUGAAUACACAGCCUUCUCUGACGAAGAAACUUGAGGCAUUCUAUGACGUCAAGGGCAAACAAGGAAUUCAGCGAGCUCCAGGAUUCCUAGCGCCAUAUGUCGUACCUCUCUCCAUGUUGCAGCUGGUGGCAUGGAACAUUGAUGGAUUUGGCCCAUUCAAGCAGUUCCGCGCGAAUACUGAGCUUUGGAAUCUGAUGCUACGCGCACAAACGGAGAUUCUAAACCUUCCACGAUUCGGUUGGACAGGUUGGCUUUUAUCCUUUGUGGUAGGAGACUGGUUCGCCGUCCAGAUGCACGCACCUUUCGAGGUGAACGCCAAGCCACUCGAUUAUGCCAGGUUUAACGCGUUUCACCAUGGCGGAAAGGUUGCAAAGCAAGACCGUAGGAUGCUAGAAGAUGUGUUGAGUGAAGGAGAGAAAGGCGGAAGGAAAAUGCCGGCAUUGAAGGAGAUCAUAAAGAAGGCGUCUGAGCUUAGUUAG